CACCGCGCCCGGUCUUGGCUCGAGCUCACAUCAUUGGUGCAGAGGGAAAACAUGCUUCGCUUGCCUGGCUUGUUCCUCCGGUCUCAGCCGCUUCGGGCACUCGAGCGCUCGACCUUCGUUGGCCUUGUGGCGCGCAGCAAGGACGAGCCCCGGGCUGUCCCAGCGCGCGCGUACGGCACCGGACGCCGCCGACAUGGACGCGCUCCGUCCGGCAGCGCGGCCACCGCCACGGCCUUCGGCCACUUUGAAUCGGAGCCGGAUGCCCAGCUGUCGCCCUUCGAUGAGUCGGUCCCUCCGCCGGUGUCCCCGUUCUUCGGGAUGGGCCAGCCGCAGGUCACACAUGGCCGGCGCCGAGCGGGCGCCCACGCCACUCCCAGCGUUCCGCCGGGCACCACCUUCUCCCAGGUGGCCAGUGUCGGUGAGGACCUCUUCCACCAGUCGAUGGAAAUCCCCCAGGUGAAUGCCCUGCUGAAGCAGGUAAAGCACCCGCUGGUGCAGGAGACCUUCAGCGAGCGCGAUCGCAUCACCCUCCGUGGGAAUGCCCUCGGCUUGCUGGAAGUGGAGGAGGAGCUGCGCCAGGCGCGCGAGAUGAUGCUGGAUUCCGAGGGCCGCAGUCUGCCCGGGCGUGGAGAUGCCUUCCAUCGCCGGGAGGCGGAGUUCUAUUACCAGGACUUGCAGCGGCAAAUCCAAAUCCCGGCCGAGCGACUGGCGGCCAUCGCCGAGACGGUGUCCAGCGAGCUGGAGGAGCUGGAAAAGCAGCGCCUUUCCAAGUGCAACAAUGUUCCCCUGCCCAUCAUGUUCGAUGUGCCGCCGAAUGCCACCGCCGAGGAGCUUCUCGGCCUGCUGGGGCUCACCCCCCGGAAGGGGGGCGUCGUCCUGCCGACCGAAUGCCGGGGCUCCUUCGAGCGCUUUGUCUUCAUCCUGGCGGCGCAGAUGGAGCGCAUCCACUUCCGCGCCAGGCAGCUGGUGAGUCUGGAGCAGCAGGUCCCCGUGGCCGAUCGGCCCAAGUUGCACAAGCAACGUGCCGAGCUGGCCACCGCCCUGCGUGAGAUGGAUGCCCGCAUGGCGCCGCAACUGCGCGAGCUCAUUCUCGAUCGCCAGCGGCGCUUCGAGGCCGGCGAGAAUCCGGACCUCGACGAGCCGGAAGAGUUGAGCCCGGAAAUGCUCCAGCGCGUGGCCCGUCUCACCCAGAUGGAGGGCGAUUCGGCCACCAUGAAUCCCAAGCUGGCCGUCGAGGCCUAUCUGUCCCUGCGGGCGGCGGUCGACGCCAAGCGCCUGUCCCUGCCGGCGGCCGAGGCGCGGCUCCUCUUCCCGGAGCUGUCGAAGGCCGAGCGCCUGCGCUUUGCCUAUCGGGACUUGAUGCGAUACAGCCGCACCGAUGCCGGCACCCUGCGCCCGGAUGAAUGCUUCCCCGAUCUGUCCACCGAGCAGGGCCAGACCGAGGCCUUCCUGGACAAUCUGUACGACGGCUUGCAGAUGAACGGCCGCACGGCCCUCAACAUGCUCAAGGCCGGUGGCCGCCAGGCGGAGAUGGAGAUGUCCAAGCUUCAGAACAUGACCCCUGCCCAGAUCAUGCGCGAAACCAUGAAGGAGCGCCAGGAGGAGCAUCUUGCUCAGUUGGACGAAGUGAUGGAGGUCGUCAGCCGGCCGGCGCCCAUCAGCCUGAAGAGCAUCACCGGCAAUCCGGCGGCCGAGGCUGCCACCGCCACCGCCACCGCCGACCAGGAGUCAGACGCGGCCUUCGAUUCGGAUGACGCCUUUGAUCCGGACGCCCAGCCCAGCGUCGGGUCUGGCAUCAUGAGCAGCCUGACAUCGGAUCUGCGCGAGGACCGUCCCGGGCCGUCGGCUCGGGUGGAGGAUCUCCUGCAGUCGGUGGAUGACCUGACUGAUGUGGCCCAGCUGGAGCGUGCCAUCGAGCGCAUGGAGCUGUCCGGUGCCGCGGCCGCCGAGCGGGCCCUGCUGCAUGGGCUUCGGGAUAUCGGCCACCAGGCGGCCUCGGUGCGGGACCUCAUCUCGCAGAUGGCCGCCAUGGAUGCCGAAAUCCGGGCGAGCAACCUGGACAAUGUGUCGGCCCGGAAGAUGUUCAGCAACCCGGACAGCCAGGACAUGAAUGACAUCCUUGUUCGGAAGUUGCACCUGGAGCUGCAGCUCAAUGUGGCCAAGAAGCGCCUGGACAGCAUGGUGACCGAUCUGGAGCCGGCCUUGGCGGCCAGUCGGUCGCGCCUGCGUGCCCGGACCGAUGCCCUGGUCCCGGCCGAGGGGAGUAUCUCCUACAAUGAGCAGCUUUUGCGCGAUCUGCCGGAGGACCUGCGCCAGGUGGUCCGGCUGCUGGAUGACCCGGACUCGAGCCUGGAUCAGGUGUUGGCUGUUCUGGGCCAGGUUUCCGGGGAUUUGGGCCUCGGCGACCAGGGCGGCAUCGAUGACACCGACGCCGAGGAUGACAACGACGAUAAUUGGGGCUUUGUGCCGGGGGAGAAGCGUCCCGCUCCGGGUGCCACUGGCGCCCGGGCCUCCGGCGUCAAUGCCUCGGCCGCCGGCGGUAGUAGUCCCCCCGCCGAGGGGGCGGAUGGGGUCAACUCCGCCGAGCAAAUUUCCCUGCAUGUGGAUGGCUUCAAGGACGGCCAGCCGGAGUACUCGGUGGUCCGGGAGGUGGUCGACCAGAAGACUGGCGCGGUGACCUCGCGCGAUGUGGAGCAUGUGGGCAGCAUGCCGCGCCUGCCGCACACGCCGGUGCUCCUGCCGGAUGUCCUGCAUUAUCUCUUCCCCCAUCCGAAGGGCAUCUAUGUGGAUGCCACCUUCGGGGCGGGUGGCUACACCCGGGGGAUCCUGGCCGCCACGGGCGGGCAGGCGCGUGUCAUCGGCAUCGAUCGUGACCCGUCUGUCUUUUCGCCUGACAUGCACAAUCUGGAGCCCGACGCGCCGGUGAUCCUGCGUGCUGGGCGUUUCUCCGACCUGAGCAUGCACCUGGACACCGUCCUCUCUGGCCAGUAUAUGGCCGAGUUCAUGGGGGAUGCGGCGCUGACCGGGGUCGUUGGUGCCGAGAGUGGCCUGGUGGAUCCGGUGACUGUGCCGGAUGUCCUGCUGGCUGAGAGCCCGCUGUAUCCCUUCCCGGCGACCAGCAUCGUGACGCGCACUCUGCACGAGCGCCGGUACCCUCCGGUGCUGGAGUCCCUGCUGGGGAGCAGCAUGGCGGGGUACCAUGCCCCGGCGCCGCCCAUGCCUCUGCGUGUUGAUGGGAUUGUCUUUGAUUUGGGCGUGUCGUCCAUGCAGUUGGACCAGGCCGAGCGGGGCUUCUCCUUCCGCUCGAACGGUCCCCUGGACAUGCGCAUGUCGGCUGGUCAGCUCCCGGAGCAGCCGAGCGCCCACUCGGGCAUCAGGUCGAUGGCCAUGCCGCCCCGUUCGGCGGCCGAUGUGGUCAAUGACCUGCCUGAGGCCAUGAUCUCUGACAUUAUCUUCCGCUACGGCGAGGAGCGCUACCACCGGCGCAUCGCCAAGGCCAUCGUCGAGCACCGGACCACCCAUGGUGCCAUCAAGGACACCUUUACUCUGGCCAACAUCGUUCGCGGGGCCUACCCGGCCGAUGCCCGGCGCCAGGCCUUUGUCGAUCCGGCCACGCGCACCUUCCAGGCCAUCCGGAUUUUCGUCAACGACGAGCUGCGCGAGCUUCUCCAGGCUCUGAUCCAUGCCGAGAGCAUGCUGGCCCCUGGCGGCCGGCUGGUCGUGGUGUCGUACCACUCGCUGGAGGACCGUGUGGUGAAGGACUUCAUCCGGCGCUGCUCGGCCCCACGGUCUGUGUCCACCGACCCCGAGAUGGAGAUGGCCCAGCCGUCUCUCACCUGCCUGACCAACCGCGUGGUGACCCCGAGCAACGAGGAGGUCAUGAUGAACCCGCGCUCGCGGUCGGCCAAGUUGCGCGCGGCUGAGCGCACGACCAACGGCCCUGUGGCCGAGCGCCUGUACCGCCAGCUGCAGGAGGCCAACCUCUCGCACUCGUGAAAAGGAUGGCGAGCGCCUGCCACGCCGUGUGGCUUUUGUCGAGCACGCCAAAGGGAGGGAGAGAUCCCCCCCCCCUUUUUUUCAGCUCUAGCACAAGGGGGGGAAGCACGAGCGGUGCCAUCCCCGUCCCAGAAGGAUGGGCGAGAGAGGCACCGCAUACGUGUCUUUGGAAGAGAGUGAGGGGGGGGGGGGGAAGAACCGCGGCUGGGGUGGCCCUACCAUUAGAUGCCAACCCUCUGCCACCCCAGCCGAGCCCACGGUCAAAUGUCGCCCUCACUCGUCCCCCUCUUCGACCCCCCCCCCCCCCCC